UCGUAUAAAAGGCGAAACGAACCUGUGCCACCACCAAAAAACGAUGACGAAAAAUAAGAAUAUAUCAAAAUUUGUAGUUCCUCUAAUCACCGCUUAAAUUAAAACCGCAAAAACAUGCGUGACUCACGAUUCGUGGAAAUUUAAUUUGUCAGUAGUAUUUUUUACAUUACGUGUUAAAGUCACGGCUAAAUAAGGCAGACGACAAAUUUGAACAAGACGUCAGUGGAAGAAAUCAUCACAAUUUGAAUACGUUGGUAGUACCAAGAUGUGUAAAAGUCUGAUUAAUCUAUUGCUACUUGCGGUUGCUUUCCAGAUGUUACCAGCACACGGGCAAAAUAGAACCACAGCACCUUCUUACCCUGUUAAGCCGGUAUUUUCACGAAGAUGUAUCGCCCCCAGGGGUCAGUUUCCUCACGAAGAAUAUUGUUAUCGUUACUACGAUUGCUGGGAUGGGGAAGUUGCUGUAGAAGAAUGUCCAGGAGAACUUCUGUUUAACAGCGAUCCCCAAAAAUAUUAUUGUGAUUACCCUGAGAGUGUUGAUUGUGGUGGCCGUUCUGUUGUCAAAGACCUCGCGGUGAAGAAUGGGAUCUGUCAACGUAGCUGGGGGAUCUAUCCUGAUCCAACAAACUGUGCAGGCUUCUACAUCUGUGUGAAACACAUAGCCAGGAGGAUUAUGUGCCCAAUAAACACCGUCUAUCACAUCGAGACAAAGGUGUGUGAUCACCUAGCCACAGUGGACUGCACAGACAGAGGAGUACCCAGCUGGGACUUUGAGG